CAGGCGCAGACGCAGCAGCGGAUGUUUACAGCGGCCGAGGUUGGUGCGAAAGCGAACGAAGAGUCCAAAGAACUGCUGUCGGAGUCUAAACCCGAGAGCCGCUAAGCGCCGAGUCUUGCUUGAUUGUAAUCUUGAACAUGGGCGGUGCUGUGAGUGCUGGUGAGGACAACGAUGAGCUCAUUGACAAUUUGAAGGAAGCCCAGUACAUCCGGACGGACUUAGUAGAGCAGGCUUUCCGAGCUAUCGAUCGAGCAGAUUAUUACCUUGAAGAAUUUAAAGAAAAUGCGUACAAAGACUUGGCAUGGAAGCAUGGAAACAUUCACCUCUCAGCCCCUUGCAUCUACUCAGAGGUGAUGGAGGCUCUGGAUCUGCAGCCUGGGCUCUCAUUUCUCAAUUUGGGCAGUGGUACUGGCUACCUCAGCUCCAUGGUGGGCCUCAUUCUAGGUCCUUUUGGUGUGAACCAUGGGGUGGAGCUUCAUUCAGAUGUGACUGAGUAUGCCAAGCAGAAACUGGAUGUCUUCAUCAGAACAAGUGAUAGUUUUGACAAAUUUGACUUCUGUGAACCUUUGUUUGUAACUGGCAAUUGCCUAGAGAUUGCUCCAGAUUGUUGUCAGUAUGAUCGUGUGUAUUGUGGAGCAGGUGUGCAGAAAGAACACGAAGAGUACAUGAAGAAUCUUCUUAAAGUUGGAGGGAUCCUUGUCAUGCCCUUGGAAGAGAAGUUGACCAAGAUAACACGCACAGGCCCCUCUGCUUGGGAAACAAAAAAGAUUCUGGCUGUUUCCUUCGCCCCUCUGGUCCAACCCUGCCGUUCGGAGUCAGGACAACCCAGACUUGUUCAGCUACCACCACUGGCUGUGCGCAGCCUGCAGGACCUGGCCAGGCUUGCUAUCCGUGGCAGCAUCAAGAGGGCUAUGCGCCAGGAAGCCACCAAAGGAGGUGGACUGAAGAGCACACCUAUGUUUAAAAGAAGGCGACUUCGUCGCCGGCGAAUGGAGACCAUUGUCUUUUUGGACAAAGAAGUCUUUGCCAGUCGAAUUUCCAACCCCUCUGAUGACACCAGCUGUGAGGAUGCAGAGGAGGAUCGGCGGGAAGUGGCAGAGAGGACCUUACGGGAGGCCAAGCCUGAGCCACCAGUAAACUUCCUUCGCCAGAGGGUAUUGCGCCUCCCAUUGCCCGACCCCCUGAAGUACUACCUGCUGUAUUACAGGGAAAAGUGAGCUUGUGGGAGAGUGGGACCAGGAUACCCAGAACAAACCGCUGGCCAGGUACACUUGUCUUUUCCCUUCAUUGGUUCCUGACUAUCCUCUAAAGCUUUCAUGCAAUGUUGUGAUUUAUUUAAGCACAAUCCAACAAGAAACUUCAUUGAAUUAUUUUCCUCAGUGGUGGGGGUGGGGUGGGGUGCGCAUCUUGUUGGCUUUGCUGUAAUUUGAACUCAUUGGGACCUGCAUGAUGUCUGCUCCUUAUGCAGGCAAACCUAUACAUUGAGGCUGGAACUGAAUUGUAUUGGAUCCUGUGUGAAGCAAGGGACAUGUUUGUGAGGACAUCUUUCGGUGUGACAUACCACUAUUCAGCUUGAAUUUAUGUCGUGAUUCUAUUGCUGGCACUGAGUUCAUCUGACUUUUGUUGUUUUCUAGGUUGGGAAAUGUUGGAAAGCCUCUCUUAUUUUAAUCAAAUCUUAUGUGAAUAUCAACUUGAAAUUUUUAAAAGGAAAAGAAAAUGAGAUGCAGGAGGAAGAGGAAUAAAAUAUAAAACUGCCAGACGUCUUUCUGGAAUUUCCAAAGGCUUCUAAGUAGUUGACCCUCUCUCCCUUAUGCCCUCUGUUACUUGAUAGGAACCACCAUCAAGUAAUCUCUUACAGGAUAGUCUAAAAAGAAAACAAA